AUGUGCACAGACGUGCCAGCCAGUGAUACUAGAGGUGCUACUGGUGCUGGAGGUACUGGAGCUGCUAGUCCUGGAGGUACUGCUGGAGGUACUAGAGGUGCUAUUGGUAUUGGAGGUACUGGAGCUGCUAGGCCUGGAGGUACUGGAGGUGCUACUGGUGCUGGAGAUGCUGGAGGUGCUGCUGGUGCUGGAGGUGCUGGAGCUGCUGCUGGUGCUAGAGGUACUGGAGCUGGAGGUACUGGAGCUGCUAGUGCUGGAGGUACUGCUGGUACUGAAGGUGCUAGGGGUACUGGAGCUGCUGGCACUGGAGGUGCUAGUGCUACUGGUGCUGGAGCUGCAGGAGCUGCUGGUCUUGGAGGUGCUCGUACUAGAGGUACUGGAGCUGCCGGAACUAGUGAUGCUGCUCGUGCCAGAGGUGCUACUGGAGCUGCUGACCCUGGAGGUGUUGGUGCUGCUCGUGCUGGUGGCGCUGGAGCUGGAGGUACUGGAGGUGCUGGAGCAGCUGGUCCUGGAGGUGCUAGUACUAGAGGUGCUGGAGCUGCCGGAGCAGGUGGUACUGCUGGUGCUGGAGGUGCUAGAGGUGCUACUGGAGCUGCUGGCACUGGAGGUGCUGGAGGUACUGCUGGUGCUGGAGGCGCUGGAGCUGGAGCUGGAGGUGGUGCUCCUGGUGCUGGAGGUGCUGGAGGUGCUACUGGAGCUGCUGGCACUGGAGGUGCUGGAGGUACUGCUGGUGCUAGAGGUGCUGGCGCUGCCGGAGCUAGUGGUGCUGGAGGUGCUGGAGGUGCUGGUGCUACUGGUGCUGGAGGUGCUGCUGGGAGUACUGGUGGAGCUGCUCGUGCUGGAGACACAGGGCCUGCUGGUGCACUUCGCCACCUUCUCAGUCUUCCGCCAGGUGCUACUGACUUCCUGGUGGCAGGUACUGCUCCUCCGUUACUGUUUCCACCGGCACACCAGUCUCAGCCGCCGCUGCUACCGCACUCCCCACUGCCUGCUCCUGCUCCUUACAUUGCGGUGACACAGUCCCUGUCCGAGCGUCGAGAGCCUGAGACUCGUGCUUCCACCCCUGAGCGUCGAGAGCCUGAGUCUAGCUUUGACCUUGAGCCCGAGCCUAGAGCCGCUGUCCGUACUCGUGUUCGUCAUCAGCGUGCUCCGGCUGUCCCAUGCACCCACGAUAUGACACUCCGUCCUUCCUCUUUUCCACAGCGUGUUGUCCUGCCGUUACCUCCUGCGUCCUCUCUUCCUUACGUUGUUGACCCUCCGUCUGACCUUGCUCGUGCGUCCAGUCCAACUGUUACUCGCUUUCUUGCUACGGUGGUGACUAGCCCUUCGUUCUCAUCUCCUACUGCGUCUGCCUUAGUCGCUGAGCUCGUUCACUUUGCUGCUGUGUACCGCCUAGACUACCUUGCGAGUCUUGUUUCUGACUCUGUCCCUGCCUGUCCUCCGUCCGUCGGGAGUGAGACUGCCCUUGGCUGUACUGCCCUUGGCUGUGACGUUCUUGAGGAUAGGCAGGAGGAGCUGGAGUGCCUUGCAGUCGCUGCACCACAUCUCGCGACCAUGCUGCUUGCCCCUGAGGGAGACCCGGAUGCACUUGACAUCCCGACCCCGCGCUCUUACAGAGAGGCGAUUUCGGGUGAGUACUCCUCUCAGUGGCAAACAGCCAUGGACACAGAGAUGGCUCCCUAG